AUGCAGCAACACAUUCACAAGGUCAAGCAGCAAGUCUUCUCUCCUCUGGUGAUGCUCAACAACUCUAUAAACAAACAUCAUCUCGGGUCUCCCAGAAACCACCAGUCUGCUCUGAAUGGUGGCUGCCAAGGAAUGCCUGCUCUCUUCUUGAUCAUCUUGUGGAUCUUCUGCACGGUCAUAUUGCUUGCCAUCUCGUACUCCUGCCUCAGAUCCACAUGUGAUCCUCCGCCCGGCGACCGGACUGCAGCUGCUGCCACCAGUACCACCGCCGCCACCUCCAGGAUGCGGAGCUCUAGCACCGCAGCCAACACCAGCAGGACAGCCGGCGGUGGCGCCGGUCGGGAUGUCCUCUCGGCGCUGCCGGUCUUCGCCUACUCGACGGCGCAGAAGAAGCUCAACUGCUCGGUGUGCCUGAUGGAUCUCAAGGAGGGGGAGAAGGGGCGGUUCCUCCCCAGAUGUCUGCAUGUUUUCCAUGUGGAUUGCAUAGAUAUGUGGCUGGCCACUCACUUGGACUGCCCAGUCUGCCGGGCUUCGGUUGAUCCUGAAGCUCCUGAACUUGCGGUCUGA